AAAAAUGAUUUGGUACUCUCAUACCAUACGAGUGUUGCACAUGGCAACAAUGGCCGAAGGCUCUACUCGCCUGCGCGCGGGCCCCGCAUCUCCAUCGCCAGUAUUGUCGUCGCCGCUGCCUCGCCAUGUUGGGUCCAGCACACCCAGACAUGUAAUGUUCAGUCGCUGGCCGCGUCUACUGCUCUACGCCGGCUUCCUGUAUGUUUGUGGACUUGUGGCCUUCCUUCUGCAUACUCGCGCAGCGUCACUGUCCAAAUCUCUACCAUCAAAUGAAGCUUUUGACGCCGUCCAAGAGUCCUCCAACUCUCAGUCAGACGCAGAGGCGAUUGCUCAAGCAGAGGAACACGCACGCGCCGUCAAAAUGUUGCCACCAGGUCAGAACCGACUUCGCGAACUCAGAUGCAUCGGCUGGAGAGCAACCGACAGUUGCAGUCCUCACGGGCCGAGAUUGCCACAUCUAGACAAACCGUGCCACAUGAUGGUGGAGCAUAUGCAAUCCGGUUAUUGCGAGGUGGAGGACAAACAGACCAAAGAGAGGUUCCGAGUCAUGCGACGGUAUUGUCGAAGUGUGCGAUCCGAGGGACAAUUUCGAUGCUUUGACGCUGAGGAUUUCGUGAAUUUUCCGGUUAUUGCAAAGGAGGCGGUGAGCAAGGCAGUAAUGCCGAGUUUCGCGUUGCCACACGUGGAAGAGGGGCGAGGAGGGUCCAAGGGAAUUGUUAUGGUGGUGUACCCGAAGAUGGUACCGAGUGCCUACGCUUCGCUUCGAACAUUGAGAGGGAUAUUAAACUGCACCUUACCAAUUGAGCUGUGGUAUCGACCGAAAGAGAUGCAAGCAGCCCCCGGGUCGAUGGCUCCUUUGCUACAACUUGCAGCGUCGCACGCAGAUUUGACGUUCCGUGAGAUUGACGACAAGAAGGCCACAGGCUUUGGCGCCAAGGUUUUUGCAAUUUAUCAUAGUUAUUUCGGGCAGAUUUUGUUCCUGGAUUCGGAUAAUGUGCCAGUAAGGGAUCCGAGUUUCCUGUUCGAGACGCAAGAAUUCAAGGAGAAGGGAGCUAUCUUCUGGCCCGAUUUCUGGCAUCCGAGACAUACAAUCUUCAACGUUCACGGUCAGUCACUGUUGUGGGAGCUACUCGAUCAACGGUUUGUGAAUAUGUUCGAGCAGGAGAGCGGACAGUUGGUGAUUGAUCGUCGACGACAUGGGGCUCCACUGGAGUUGGUAAAGUUUUAUAUUUUUCAUACGCCGAACUUCUUCAAGACUUUCGAACUGGUACACGGUGAUAAGGAUUUAUUUCGAUUGGCGUGGCUUAAACUCAAGGCACCAUUCCAUAUGAUGGACACACCACCUGCCGUUGCUGGUAAGGCUUUCAAUAAUUCGUUCUGCGGUAUGACAAUGGUACAGCACGAUGCGAACGGUGACGUACUCUUCUUGCACCGAAACACACGUAAACUUGUGGGUGAACCCAAGCGUCAGAAUGUACAUCUCAAGACUCUUGCUGCUCUUCGUGUAAAGGAAAAGUUGCUGCUCACUCGACCUGGUGGACGCACAAAACCGACUAUGGAGGAAGUUGAGGAGGAAUUGAAGAAUGGAUUUGUCACACCUGCUCCGACCUUGGAUGCUCCUGAGGAUGAUGGUUAUCCUGACGCAAUUUACUGGACCCACCUUCUAUCGUUUCGGAGUACUUCCAAGAGAAUUCACUACAGGAUCGAUGUACAUGCAGGUCUUGAUGGAUUUACUAAGGGCCAGACUUGUUAUGGUGUGGCCGACAUGGCGGCGAAGAACGAACAUUUCUACUUCCAACCCUUCACCAACUUUAGUUUUGGUGACCUCGAGACUCAAUUGCGCCAAUUCGCAAUGGAAGCUGCACAAGUGGUUCAUGCGCAUCAAAAUGACACAAAGAUCCACGCAUCAAGACCAACUCAGAAUUAAGUUAUGAUCGAAUAUACUGAAUGCUAACACGAUAGGGUGACAGAAACAAUCGUUUUCUACUUCUGGUUAUCGCUAGGUCUAUCGAGAGUACGUGCCACUUGGGCG